AUGCCAGCACCGAAAAGGCCAGCUAAUGCUAGGGGCGAUAUCUUGGCCCAGUCUUUAGAUUCCUUCCAAAGUCAUGAUCCCAUAUACAUCGACCUGUUAACCCACCGGAAAAACAGUACAAGUAUUUCUCAACAUUCGUCUAUUUCUCAAAAUUCGCGACCUACAUCGGGUAGUGGUACUCCACGCCACGCCAAAAUCCAUAUGGUUUUAGAUGGUGUUUUUGAUAAAUUACUGGGCACAUUCCGACGACCUUCGGCCAAUGUUGCACCAGCCGCAGCAACCAACGACGUGACUUCGACUGACUCCUCAAAGCAAUUGUUUCAUUCUCAACCGUCGUUACUGCACUCGGCCUCAAAACCACCCCUAUCCGAUGUGUCACGGUCGAACUCCAAUGUAUCCUCAAAGGAAGGCAAAUUUUGGAGGAGAAAGACCAAAAAUACCGAUAAAUCCUGUACAAACAACUCCUCCUACACAUCUGCAGCUACAAUUGUGUCAAAUAUACCAGCAACAGCACGAGAUAUACCGGACGACACAGUCAGAAUACCUUCAUACAGCACACGGCAUUCAACAAACAGCAUCGAAACCAGCAUACAAUCAUUUGCUGCUUCGUACAAGUCUGGAACCAGUAUAAUGAAACCUGGUCAAAUAUCUAUACCGUCACGACGAAGCUCUGCUAAUGGCGGUGUACGAUUCGGAGGAACGGAAGAACAAAGCGAAUAUGCUUCACAAAGUACGAUUAAAACUGGAUCUUCUGUAACUCUACAUCAACCAUCACGCCAAUCAUUUGCAUUAGGAGACUUUGACAAACAACACGACAUGUCAAGCUCAAAGUCGUCAUUGGCAAUUCUAGACCCGAUAUAUUCACCAGCAGAUUUAGUACCGAUUGCCAUACAGCCACGAUCGGAUUCUGCUGAUUCCAAGAAAUCACGGAAACGAUCAGUACCCAACAUCAACACUAGGCCACAACAAAACCCAUAUGGUAGCAGCACAUCAUUGAAAUGCUCCCGUGGGCUAGCUAUCUCACAUUCAACAGGAGAAAUCGCCAGUACAUCACCGUCGCAAACAUCACCCGAUACCAGCUUCUCGCCUCAAUCAUCCCAGUCGUCACUCCGUCUGGGCAAGCUUUUAGGAUCAAUGACAUCUCGCGCACACAAUAUCUCGAAUUCGGCAUUAAGCAUUGGAUUACGCAAUGACAUGCCAGAUCCAUACCUGAGGUUGUCUGUUGGUGAUUCCUUCAACAGUGUCGGCCAACUAUCACUUCACCGUCCUGGAUCCAUACGCCCAAUACGGGUGCGAGACUCGAUUGAUCAGAUUUACCCACCUGUGAUACCACAGCAGCAGGUGCAACAAGCUGGAACAAGACGGCAUUCAUCGUCUGAUGACGUGUUUGCUGCACCUACACAUCCUAAAUGGCCACGACCACAAUCAGCUCACCAGAAUCUACCAACAGCACGCAGAAACCCAUCUGUCGAUAUGGGUCUCCCUAAAGCUGGAAUGUCACUCGCAGCAUCACGAUCACGAUCAGUAGGAUCAAGUCUAAACAACCUCCCAGACAAUGUCUCAUCAUCCCGACGAAGUCUCAGCCGAUCCCACCAAGUAGUCGAAACCACCACCAUCUACCACCGCAACGAAUCACCAGUAUCCCUCCUAUCACCAUCAGGUGAAUCCGAAACAACACAGGGAAAAGUAAACCAGUAUUACAUGGUCCGUGAUAUCGGGUCUGGUGCUUAUGGACGUGUAGUGCUAUGCAGACAUGAAGAAACUGGUGUUUACUACGCCUGCAAAAUCAUUUCGAAAUCUCGAUUAAAGAAAAAGUUUCGAUGGGCUAAUGCUGGUGGUCCACCGCGAAGACGUCACUCUGGUGAAAUUGGAAAUUCGACUCCAUCGCCUGACUCGCCUACUUCGACUAACUCGACUGUGGAGCCGGCUGAUCAUUUGACAGCCAUUAAACGAGAGAUUGCGAUUCUCAAGAAGCUCUCCAAGCAUCCUAAUAUUAAUGCGCUAAUUGAAGUCUUGGACGAUGCCAGUGAAGACAAUCUGUAUAUGAUUUUCGAAUUGUGCGAGUACGGACCAGUAAUGAAAAUCGUACCCGGAGAACUUGUUAGACCAUUCAGUGAAGAUAUGGCUCGCAAGUACUUUAGAGAUGUGGUGAUGGGAUUGGAAUAUCUACACUUCCAACGUAUCAUUCAUCGUGAUAUCAAACCAGAAAACUUGCUCUUGACUGCCGACCACACUGUACAAAUUGCCGACUUUGGUAUCUCGCACAUGUUUCAAGAAGGUGAAGAUGAUCCAUUAUUGGAUGAUAAAAACACUUCGCCACUCUUCAGUCCACCGGAGGCUUGUGCGACUGAAACCAAACACAUGAAAGGCAAAGCUGUCGACGUCUGGGCAUUAGGAGUAACCCUAUACUGCUUUGUCCACGGAUGUUGUCCAUUCGAGGAUCCCAGUAUUAUCACCCUAUGUCGCAAAAUCACUGCCGAGGAUCCACUCAUCUCUCCCAACUUGAGCCCAUACUUGCAAGACCUGCUCGAACGCAUGUUGAACAAGGAUCCCGAAAACCGUAUCUCGCUCCAGGAAAUCAAGGUCCACCCAUGGGUGACUCUAAAUGGCGCCUACCCAAUGAUGCCAACUGAAGAAAACUGUGUGUUGGCUGAAGUCACUGAAGAAGAAGUCGAAGAAGCCUUCCGACCAGCUGCAGCCAUGAUGUUUGUCACCAAGCUGAUGAGUGUGUUACGAGGUCGACGAUCCAAACCACGUAAUUCGGAACGACCUGAAAAGCUAGCUGCUAGAAAUGCUAAAGGGCAUGGUGGUGGAAGUCGAGCACGAUCUGCCGAUAUAUUGAAUCGCCCUGAUUCUGAAAGCACUACAUCCCAUAGCAGUCAAAGCUCUGUCAACACUCCAUCUAGUGCAGACAUGAGUCGCUCAACUAGCGCCAUUAUGAGUCGAUGGGCUCUUGGGUCUUCCCUGUCAAUGUCAAGAACCGGCACUCCGUCAGGAACAACAGAAAAUUUGCGUGAACUACCAUUCCCACCACAUCCACUACUUGGUGCCGUCCAUGGUAAACGAUCUAGGUCAUUCGAUCAAGCUAUGUUGGCCGUCACUACACCAUCGUUCAUGUCAAACUUCUCCACCAGCAACAGCAAUGGCAGCAAAUCGUCUAAUCCAGUCGAACCACAACGCCCACGAUCAGGAUCUGUAGAUUCAGCUGCUGAUACGCAGAAACUCAACGGUGUGGCAGCCCGUACACGAACAAACUCUAGUCUUCUACAACAAACCAAAAGCACCACCAGCAUGCAUGUAAUUGCCGAAGAACAUUGA